UGUGAGUGAGCUGACCAAGUUUUGCACCCUGUCUGAGAAGAGCACUUACAUUUUGAAGUGUGACCUGAAAGGAUGUGGUUGAGUGUGAGAUAAGGAAGAACCAGAUGAGGAAGAAGUUACACGGAGCUCUUCAAAACAGGCACUUUACGAAACGAAAGACGUUAGGUCUAAAAAGUGUGGGGGGAUUUGUGAUGAUGCUUUGACGACAAAGAAGAUGGAAGUGGAAGAGACCUGUGAGACAAGGACUUCCUGGUCACAAAUAGGAGGAACAAAGUCAACCGACUGCUGUGACCAUACUGGAAAGAAGAGAAAACAAGACUCAACACCAGAAGCUGUGAUCAGAAUCCCUGAGCAGGAUGAAGAGGAGGCGGAACAUGAAGAAGAGAGUGAAAUGCCACCUGAGCACAAUGACUUACAGGUGAAGUGUCCAUGUCACCCUAACACGAUGCAUGGAUUCAGUGCUUCUCAAACUGUGGAGCCCUGUAACAAACGGGUCAAGCCUGUGGUUAAGUCCAACAGCCUAACAGGGGUCAUCACUCCGGUAAAGACGCCUGCCCUCAAACGUAUUGGACAGUCAAUUUCGCGAUCUAUAAGUUUCCGCACAGAUGUGCGACCUUUGCCCACGCCGCCUGUACGUUCUCGCACAAAGGGCUCAUCGUUUCCAAGGAGGUGCAACAGCCAGUGCUGGAGUGACACGGUGGAGAGCCACCACCUCACAGCCAAGGAGAUCAAACGUCAGGAGGUGAUCUAUGAGCUGACUGAGGGAGAGCGACAACUCAUCGAAGACCUCAGUCUGGUGAAGAAGGUGUACUAUGAGCCCAUGUUGAAGCUGGAUAUCAUGACCGAGACUGAGCUCAUGCAGAUUUUUGGCACUCUGGACUCUCUGAUUCCUCUCCAUGAAGAUUUGCUGAGUCGUCUUGAGCGUCUGAGGGGGUCGGAAAAAACUGUCGGUGCGGUGGCUCCCACUCUAAUGAAUUGGUUCCCUGGCCUGGAAGCCUACGUCACAUACUGCUGCAACCAGGUGGGUGCCAAAGCCUUGCUGGACCAGAAAAAACAGGAAAAGAGAGUGGAGCAGUUCUUGCGCCUGUGCCAGGAGUCCUCGUUUAGCAGGAAAUUGGACCUCUGGAACUUCCUGGAUCUGCCUCGAAGCCGUUUGGUUAAAUAUCCGCUUUUGCUGAAAGAGAUCCAGAAGUGCACACCUGCAGAGCACCCUGAUGAGUUCACAUUACCUGAUGCAUUGGAACUCAUCCAAAGCAUUGUGGCAGAGGUUAACAAGAAGACAGGGGAGGCUGAGUGUCAGUUCUAUAGGCGGGGGCUCAACUACCUUGAAGACUGCCAGAGAUUACCAGAGAUCCAACAGUCUCGUUUCCUCUACUGUCACGGAGAGCUCAAAAACAAUAAGGGUCAGCGGUUGCAUGUAUUCCUGUUUGAGCUUGCUAUGGUUUUGACGAGACUGGGAGAGGACCGGGACGGUGGUCACGUGUUCCACAUCUACAGGCAACCUCUGCCAAACGCUUCCUUAAACCUGGAGGUGAUUCCAGAUGGAGAAGCAGGUGGAGGGGGCUCCUUCAGAGGAGCCUUCACGGGGGGAAAUGAUAAAGUGAAGAACUGUUUUCGUGUGAGCAGCAGGGGGCGCUCCAAGGCUCACUCAUACAGCCUACAAGCCAAUGACUCCUUUAGCAAGCAGCAGUGGGUCACCUGUCUUCGCCAGGCCAUGGUCCAGUCUCGCGACAGGAGGGCUCAGAGCAGGCAGUCGGUGGCUCCUCCGCACUCCGACCCCGCUGUGUGUCACAUAGCCGACCUCAGCCUCAAUUCUGAUGCUGAGAUGGCAGACGUCACCAGCCGCUAUUGAUGGAGUGUCUGGUAUUGACACAAAUGGUUGACUUGUUGGGUGCAUCCUGAACAAUGCUAUUGAAUGUAAAUUUAACAUGAGCAAAUGUGUUUUUUAAAAUAAACUGACACUUUAAAGUUUGUUUUAGUACUCUUAAAAACUACAAAAAGCUGCUCGAAUUAUGUAGCCAACACAAAUGGGAGUAAGGAAAGAUUAGGGAUGAUUAUCUUCUCUCUCUCUCUCCUUCCCUCGCUCUUUCUUUCUGGCUCUUUCUUGGACACCAGUGACAGGGCAGGACACAGAGGUAGACUUUCAUUUCCAGCCUGCACACACACAGUGAAACAGUAGACAUCCCCUCUAUGCAUUUUUAACAGCUCAGCAGGUGAUGGGAACCGUUAGGUCAGGACACUUUGUUCACAGAUAAGCUUGGCAAGUGAUCAGCAUGUGAUGCUUUAAAAGAAACCAUUCAUUCAAAAGGGGAGCUUAUGAUCCACGACCACGCUCCCAUCACCUUUACCCAGCAUGUGACAGAAG